GCGGUAACGUCAGCGGCCUCCGCCCCCUUCACUUGUUCGUCGGAUUCCAGAAAUCCAGGAGGAGCGAAGGAGUUCGUUUCAUCAAUUGCUUCACAAUAAUCACGUUAAAGAUUGUGGCAGUAGUGAGUAAUUGACCUCACCAUGUCCCAGGACAAAAGUGGAUUUCCUAUUAUGGGGGAGAGCAACCCUCUUCAUAACAACGUUUAUGGCCCCCCUCAACCAGGUUUUGGUAUGCCCCCUCCCAACUACAGCCAAGGCCCGGGGGCGCCUUACCCACCAGCUACUGGCUAUGGACAGCCUGGCUUCGCCCAAGCAGGUCCAGGGUUUGCCCCUGGCCCCUAUCCACAGAUGCCCUAUCCACAAGGCCCCUACGGUCCAGGGCCUUACCAGCAAGGGCCCGGACAGCCCAGUUUUCAUGAUGACCCUAUGGCACCUGCAGGCAGCCCUGGUUAUCAUGGCGACGUGCCUCCAUCCUAUUAUGACAAUGAGGAAUUUGCCAGAGGAGGUUUUGAGGACAAGAACAUCCGACAAGCCUUUAUUAGAAAAGUGUUCUCUGUCCUCACGGCGCAGCUGUUGGUCACCUUCUCCUUUGUUGCCAUCUUCACAUUUGUGGAUGAGGCCAAGAUUUAUGUGCAAAGAAACCGUUGGACUUAUUACGUGUCCUACGCCGUCUUCUUCGUGUCUCUGAUCACAAUCACCUGCUGUGGCGAUUUCCGUCGCAAGCACCCCUGGAAUCUGGUUGCUUUGUCCAUCCUGACAUUGAGUAUGUCCUACAUGGUGGGCAUGAUUGCCAGCUUCUACGACACGGAUACGGUCAUCAUGGCGGUGGGCAUCACAGCAGUUGUCUGCUUCACAGUUGUCCUCUUCUCACUGCAGAGCAAAUAUGACUUCACUUCCUGUCGGGGCGUUCUCUUUGUGUGCCUCAUUGUGCUGCUGCUCUUUUCGAUCCUCUGCAUCUUCAUCCGCAACAAGAUUCUGGACAUCGUCUACGCUUCCAUGGGGGCUCUGCUGUUCACCUGCUUCUUGGCUGUCGACACCCAGCUUCUAUUGGGCAACAAGAAGCUGGCCCUCAGUCCAGAGGAGUACAUCUUCGCCUCACUCAACCUCUACACUGACAUCAUCAACAUUUUCCUCUACAUCCUGGCCAUUGUGGGACGCUCCCGUGAUUAAACCUGCUCCUUCAGGGGAGCGGCAGCAAGACAGAGAAUGCCUCCCAUCGUUGUAAAACGUUGCUUACCUGUGCUUUCUAUCUGUCUGGUCUAACGCCCCCUCCACCUGUCAAAUGCAUACACACAAAGCUCUGUUUCAUUAUGAAGACUUGAGUGUGUCAUAAAACUCAAAUGGGGCACGUGUUUUAUUUGCACUCUUAUCAUUCUUGCUGUAAGUUGAAAACCCAUAAUGAUGCUCCAUCUUCCCCCUGCUUCUACUAACACAUACAGCUGUCUAAAUCUACCUUUAGGUAGGACAGGUCACAGAGAUUAAAUAAUGAUUGGCUCUGAAUGCUUGGCCCUCUGCCUCAUCUAGCUGCAGUGCUUUAACUGAAGGGGGAAAAAACAGAAUGAGGGCAAAUAACACUUAACACUGAUGCAAAACCAGCUUUGCUUAAAUAUAGAAGAUAGUCCCAGAAAUUCUCUUUUUCAAAUCUGCCUGUUUUCUUCACCAUGUCUCUAUUUCUCAGCCUGUGUGGGUUUAAUUGUGCAUGGCUAAAUGAGAAAUACACAUAAAGUUGCAGUAUGAUGUUGGAUUGAAGGGAGAAACGCAGCCUCCAUCUUGCUCGCCACCACUUGAAGUAGAUCAGUGUUUUACUGUUGAUGAUGCCAGUACACCCAAUCACCGCCACCCUUUUCCUACCUCUAAAAGGCAUGCUGGAGCGUGUGUAUGGAUGAGCUGCUGUUUGGGAGGGGGGGUACAUCUGUGUGGUAUUUAUAAAAA